GCCGCCCCAACCUUCUGCAAAUGCACCUGCUUCACCAACUCCACCAUCAUCCGUCUAGGUCCCCAAGACUCUUCCUCCUCCUCCUCCCCCUCCUCCGCUCUAUCCAAACGCGCCGCUUCCGCCUCUUGCACCCAAUGCAACCGCGCCUUCUGCAUACAGAACCAGCUACCAAUAUGCAAAGAUGCGGCCGAGAAGGACAUCCUGACUAUGUGCUUCCAGCGCGACAGCCGCAAGGACCAGAUCAUCGUGUGGGGGUUCCUGCUGGGCACGGCGGGACUGUUGGGGUGGGCGGCCGUGAAGCGCGUAGUGGAGAUGCGAGAUGAGAAGCAGAAUAUGGGGGUUGCGGGGAUGGGGUUACCUAGUCCUGGGAGGGCGCCGGCUGGGAAUAGGGGGACGUACGUGCCUGUGGGCGAAGGGGAGAGGUGA